AUGAGCACCGAUGCACCGCCGGACUCGCACAUUGACCACAAAGCUGCCAUAGCUUACUGGUCGAGCCUACCACCAACAGUGGAUGGAGUGCUCGGCGGCUACCCACAAGUCAGUCGAGUCGACCUGCAGGGCUCUGCCAAUUUCUUUGCCAAACUCAGGAGGAGGUCGAAGGAAUUUCCAGCGGGAAGCAAAUUGAAGAGAGCUGCGGACUGCGGUGCUGGCAUUGGACGAAUCACAACAGGCUUCCUGAGCAAUGUUGCGGAGAUUGUAGACAUCAUUGAGCCCGUGAAGUCAUUCACCGAUGCGGUCAAAGAUCAGACGUACGUGGGAGCGAUAUACAACAUCGGACUGGAGCAAUGGAAGCCUGAACACAAGUACGACCUCAUCUGGAAUCAGUGGUGUGUUGGGCAGCUCACAGACGUUCAGCUUGUUGCAUAUCUACGGAGUCUGCCUGCAUCUCUGAAUCCCGGUGGCUGGAUAGUGGUCAAGGAGAACCUUUCCAACAACGCGUGGGGCGAGGAUGUGUAUGACGAGACCGAUAGCUCAGUCACCCGCGCCGAUGAAAAAUUCCGGAAACUGUUCCAGGAAGCUGAUCUGAAAUUACUCAGUACGGAGGUGCAGAAAGGCAUGCCAAAGGAAUUGUACCCGGUCCGCGUCUACGCCCUUCAGCCGAUGUGA